AUGGCUUUCUGGGAGAGCAAUCAUGUGCUCUGCAAUACAGGAGGCUUGAACGAGAUACCAGUCAGCUCGUUACCAUCGACGGUGGAACACCUAAGCUUAACGAAAAAUAACUUCCCCCUCAUAAGAAGUGAUGCCUUCAACGGACUACGCAACUUGAGAAAAUUAUCACUCGAUGGCAACAAUAUUUCAACCAUCAAGCCGUUCGCCUUCCGUGGUCUUCCAAGGUUAAGGGAACUGUCAAUACAGCAUACUCCUUUAACUACAGUAGCUCAAUUUGCUUUUGCAGGUCUUCAGAAUAUAACUGCAAUUCUUUUAGGCCACAAUAAAAUACACAAAGUUGAGGGCUACGCUUUUGCAGGAACAUCGAAUGUUCGACUGCUUCUUCUAAACAGCAACCCUCUUCACAAAGUGGAGACGUCAGCCUUUUCCGGCCUGACUAAUGUUGAACAUCUCAUCCUCCCAGCAGGCAUCAAAUCAAUAGAGCCAGAUGCAUUUAGUGGCCUCGAUUCAGUAGGUUUGAUCAAGCUUUCGUUUAUGGAUCUGACAGCUCUUAAGACCCACACCUUUCGAGGGCUAUCCCACGUACAUGUUUUAGCGAUUCAAGAGUCAGACCUCGGAGUAAUUCAAGCUGGAGCCUUCGAGGGAAUGACCCACGUUAAUAGCCUCAAUUUGCUCAACAACAAGAUCGAUUCAGUCCAAGAACUGCAUCUCCGUCCUGAGUCAAGAGUGAAGGUGCUCCGCAUGCAGGGUAACCAUCUAUUGGAAACACCACUUCCUGGAGCUAUCGAACUAGAUGGAGUUGAGAUCCUCAAUAUCCAAUCUAAUCACUUCCCUUGCGACUGUCACAUACACAAUCUAAUCGAAGGUCCACUAGCAAACGGCUCGGCGGCAGAGUUCAGUGCCAAGAAUUUUUGCAUAUCUCCACUCCAGUACAACGGGCAGACAAUAAGCUCAGUGAAUAUAAACACAAUUGGUCGCUGCUCUGAAGGAAUUACUCGUGAUAACUGGGAUGCUCCUAGCACUGCUGUUUUGAAAAAGUUCUCGAUUCAUAUAUUUUUAAUUACACUAUGGUUAUUUAGAUGA